AUGGCAAACAGCGAUCUCAGUAUCAUUCUGCCUCUGUUGGGCGUCGCCUGCUGGCUAAUGCUUAGGACCAAGCGGUUUAAUCGCAUUUACCCUCCUGGCCCUCCAAGUUGGCCUUUAAUUGGCAAUUUGUUUAGACUUCCGGCAAAACAUCCAUGGCUUCGUUUCACUGAAUGGAAGGAAACAUAUGGGAGACUGGUCUAUCUCCACGGGCCAGGUGUCUCUAUCCUACUCCUUAACGAUGUGGAAUUAGUGGCCGAGUUAUUCGAGAAACGGCCAGGCAUUUAUUCAGAUAGGCCGCGCUUCACCGUUGCUGGAGACUUACUGGAGCUUGACAAGUUGAUGCCUUUACGCAUGCACGACCACGGCUGGAAGCUUCAACGCAAGUUAUCACGGACCGCUAUGAGUCUUGACGCUGUCAAAAAGUACCACCCUUUGCUAGAGGACAUUGCAGCCCUGCUUGGUGAAUCGUUACGAGAAGACCCGGACGCCUUUGAGCAUCAUACUCGACUUGCCGUCAGCCGCGUGAUUCUCGCAGUAACUUAUAGAAUCCCAGUAGCAACAUCCGACAACGAGCAUGUGGUACUAGCUGAAGAGGCGAUGAAGGUGAUCUCAAAAGCCACGAACCCUGGCGCAUACCUAGCAGAUCUCUUUCCCAUUCUCAAGCAACCCCACGCUUUGUGGUUUCGUAACGAGAUUCAACGCGACAAACGUAUUGUGCAAGACUCGCUGAACAAACCGUUCGAUCACGUCAAGAAAGCGAUUGCCGAAGGCAGCGCCCUACCCUCGCUUGCUAAAAAACUGCUUGUUCAUGAAGAUGAUAAAGAAUUUGUCGAUCGGCACGAAUACGAAGACACUGUCAAAUGGUUGACGGGCUCACUCUAUCUGGCGUUGCAGGUCAAUGCCGUCGUACUAACGACACUACUCGCUAUGGCGAUGAAUCCAGACAAGCAAGCCCGUGCACAGGAGGAGAUAGAUACUGUUGUUGGCACGCACCGGGUGCCGACAUUAGGUGAUAAAGGGUCUUUGCCCUAUGUGGAGGCUUUUAUCAAGGAAGCCACGCGAUGGCAACCCCCUGUACCUCUCAGUCUCGGUCGCCAGACUUCGCGUGAUGAUGUGUGGGAAGGCUACUUCAUUCCAGCCGGCACUAUUGUCUUCCCGAAUAUCUGGGCAAUAUCGAGAGACGGCGGAGGAAAAUAUCCUGCCAAAGAGUUCCUACCAGAACGCUUCCUGGAUUCGGAUCCUCCUCUAGAUCCGAAUAGUUACACAUUCGGUUCUGGUCGUAGAAUUUGUCCUGGGAAUAUACUCGCCGAGCACUCUGUGUUCAUUUUCGUCGCUUCUAUUUUGGCCGCUUUCGACGUAUCCCCGGAAACAGACGAUAACGGAAACCCUAUUGCGUACAACCCUCAAUUCUCGUCCGGCCUCAUUAGCUUUCCUGAGGAUUUCAAGUGCAAGAUUCAACUACGAUCUGCAGAACGGGGCGUACAGGUUCGCGAUAGGGCUGCUGCCGUGGCAUCGUACAUAACAUGA